AUGAAACACGGAGGCCAGCAAGGGGCGUGGAGCAGCGCCCAGCACCCCGGACCCCCAGCGGCCCCCCAGCUGCUGGGUCAGCGCCGCUCACCCUGGAUAGCUCAGCUGGGAAAAGGCGGCCACACCCAUUUUCAAGGCGAGGAGACUGAGGCCCAGACCAGUCCCGUGGCCUUGCCGGUGGUGCUGGAGCUGGACAGAACGUCCUGUCCUUUCCUCACGGAAAACUCCACUGCGGCUCCCACGCAAGCACCCAGAGGAACAGAGAGGGGAACGGGGCCCAGACCUGCCUGCCGCCGGGUCCUCCGCCCGCCUGGCCCUCCACCAGGUCUGGGCUUGGCCCGUGGAUUCCAGAAUCAGAACGACCGGCCAGCUGGGCCCACGGGAGUCCCGGAGCUGAGACCGGGGCCUCCGGAACUCCUCGCGGCCUGGCGGCCCGGUCCCGUGGGCAGGCAGACAGGGGUGCAGGGUCAGCGAGUCGCCCGGCAGGAGCUGAGCGAGCUCAGGGCCCGUGUGGCUGGAGGAGACUGGCCAGCACCACAACGCUGUUGCUGCGCAUGCGACGUCCUCUCUGCAGGGCGCUGUGCUAGACCUUCCAGAAGCUUCCGAGGAAACCAAACUCAGACCCAAGAAAGGGAGGCAGGCGAGCCAGGGCGCCCGUCUGUGUGGGAGCCGCGCUGGCCGUUCCCCGAGCUGACAUCGGGCUGGGGGUCCUCCAUCCAGGGAACGCAGGCCCUGACAGGCCACCUCUUCUCGGUUCCCCACUCGCCAAACGACCUGAGGCCAGGACCCAUCCGUCCCUCGCUGGCCCUGUCCUUUCCUCGUUGGAGAAUUUACAGAGACCGGCGCCGGGAUCGCCAACAAGAGCCAGGCAAUGGCCCGGCCGGCGUGGGUCCGUGGUUGAGCAUCCACCUAUGAACCAGGAGGUCGAGGUUUGAUUCCUG